CCAAUGGCUCGAUCAUAGACUCUCGUUAUUAAUAACUUGAUUAAAUAGACACUGCAGUCUCAAUGUUUUGAACUGUCUGGGACACAGCAUAGAACGAUUGCAGCCAGCUCGAGCAUUGGAUGUCCGAGCUUCCAGCGCCUCCGGCAUUCGGGCACACCGACGUCACCCAAUCUCUCUCGCAACCUGAUCCGCAUGUCAGUCAACAUAGAAGCAAAGGAUGGCUAGCAUCGUACUCGCCGGAGUUGCGAGCAUGGAUCAACGAGUCUAUCGCGGGCACUGUCGGGGGCGCGGUUGGCAUGAUCGUUAGCUACCCAUUCGACACAGUGCGGGUCCGUCUCCAAAAUCCAGAUACUGCACACAAGUAUCGGGGCAUGAUGCAUGCCUUCACGUUGAUUGUAAAGGAGGAGAAAGUCACCGGACUGUUCAAGGGGAUGACCUCACCCCUCAUCACGCUAGCGCCGUUGAAUGGGCUCGUCUUCGGUGCAUAUGGCUACCUCUUGCGCCUCCAAUACCCUAAUCUCACACCUGAGGAGCGACCGCCACUUCUUCCAAUAGCGCUUGCGGGUACACUGGCUGGUGUGCUAGGUUCCACUAUUGCAGGCCCUGUGGAGCUCGUAAAGAUCCGCCAACAGAACUUGGUCGGUGCCCAGGGUAUGCCGAGCACUUUGUCGGUCGUGAGAGAUAUUUGGCGCAAAAGGGGACCUCUUGGGCUGUACCGGGGAUUCACGUCGACUGCACUGCGAGAUUCUGGUGGAGGGCCAUAUUUCCUCACGUAUGAGAUUCUGCAUAGACUCAAUCCUCAUUCCCCCUUCACUCCCCUCAUCGCGGGCGGUGCUGCCGGCAUCGUCGGCUGGCUCUCGACUUUCCCUUUCGAUGUCAUCAAAACACGCAUGCAGUCCGUCGAUCGUGCUGAGGCAGGCAAAUACAAGACCACCUGGAGCACCAUUCGGGCGUGCUGGAGGGAGGAAGGCUGGCGAGUAUUCUGGACAGGUGUCCGUCCUGCAAUGAUCGAGUGCCUUCCUUACAACAUGGCAACUUUCGGGGCCUUCGAAUUAGUCCUCCAUUUCUUACGAUAAGCAACUUGAGUAAGUGAUUGUCAGUGCAAUAAUGUACUAUUACCUAGAACUGAGAUUUCUUAUAAUUCAUUCGCUC